GUCCUCUCUUGUAUAUGACAAAUCCCAUCCAUGACAGUUGCAUAUGGAAGACCUGAUGCAGCAAACACUCAUGCAAAAUUAAGCAGAUGGAUCCCGAUUGCCAUUUACUGUAGAUCUCUUUAUGUUAUUCUGUGAAGUAUUUAGCUAUAAUUUACUCCCAUUUUAAGAGCUGAAGAAGACUCCUCGUCCUUCAGAAGCAGCACUCCCACAGUCUUCCUGGCCAAUGAUUCUUCUACAGCAAGCAGAACUUCUUCCUCAGCCUGAGAAGCCUUCAUCUCUUCCUAUGUCAGUGGUUACAAGGCCAAGAGCCAGCUCACCACUGUCCCCACCAAAAUCUCUCGGACUGGGGCCUUCCUUUCAUCACACACAAGAAGAAGAGCUUGCAAAGGUGGUGGAGCAGGACCCUAUGCUGGAGGAACUAUGUAAGCCUUUGUGCUGUAAGCUUUGCAAUGUUACUCUGAAUUCAGCGCAGCAAGCCCAGGCUCAUUACCAGGGUAAAAACCACAGUAAAAAACUCCGAAAUUACUAUGCUGCCAAUAGCUGUCCGGCACCUGCCAGAAUGAGUAAUUCGGUUGAGCCUGCCCCACCUCAGGUUGUCUCCCUUCCAGCUCAGAUGGGAUCCAGUAAACCAGGUGGCCGAGUGAUCUUGGCCACAGAGAAUGAUUACUGCAAGCUUUGUGAUGCCUCGUUUAGUUCUCCGGCUGUGGCACAGGCUCACUACCAAGGGAAAAAUCAUGCCAAACGUCUGCGUCUUGCAGAAGCACAGAAUAACGCAUUCUCGGAUGCAUCAGAAAUAGGCAAACGGAGGGCAAGGAAAGAAGGGAAUGAAUAUAAGAUGAUGCAGAACAGAAGAAAUAUGUAUACAGUUCAAAACAACACAGGUCCCUACUUCAAUCCCCGCUCACGCCAGAGGAUUCCUCGGGAUCUGGCCAUGUGCGUCACCCCCAGUGGCCAGUUCUACUGCUCCAUGUGCAACGCCGGGGCCAGCGAGGAGAUGGAGUUCAGACAGCACUUAGAAAGCAAACAGCAUAAAAGCAAGGUGUCCGAACAGCGGUAUAGGAAUGAGAUGGAGAACCUAGGUUAUGUACAAUGACGCGCCAGCCUUGGCAGUAGUUUGCAAAUAGAGCAGCUUGUCUCUCGCCUGCUGUUUGCCACAUGCCCUGCUUUGUGCUCCAUUUGAUAGGAGUAUGCUCUCGAGCUAUACAUGUAACACCUGCAAACUUAAUGGUAUGGUUAGGUUUUUUUUCUGUCAUAGUUGGCAGGAUGAUGCUGUGCAGGACAUGAAGUGUUUUUGAUGUUUGUUUGCUAGUUAUCUAAGGCUCUUCAUCGUAUUGAGUGGCGGGGAGGACUUUGUCUUCUCCCCAGCCUUCUGCAUGAAUAUGCAAAGCCCAAGAAGUGCUGGGAACUUCUGUGGUUCUACCACACAGGUGCACCAUGUGCAAAGUCUGCUCCCCUCUUUGCACACCACAGAGCAGUGCUCCAGAAUGCCUCCCUACAGCAGACUGAAUCUCUGGGCAGCUUGUAAAGGGGGGCAGGAAUGGGGCCUGUGAAUGUGUGGAUUAGGUGGUGUACUUGUCCACAAAUUGCUGCUUGUGGCCCCCAUUACAGCCCAGAAUAAGUUCUUUCCGCACCCUUGUAGAAAGGCUGUGCAUACCUUUCCUCCUUGGAGGGUCUUGCCUCUUACCGCUUUCUCUGUGAUGCAGAUUUCAUUCUGAACAUCUAACAUUGGAUAUCAGCUGAUUAGCCCCAUUCAGAAAUACUCUCUUCUACCAGUUAACAAUGAAAAAAGAUUCUCAGUGUUGUUGGCUGGGUACCUUAAUGCACCAUGGGUGUAGCUCAUCUCACUGAAGAGAGUCUGUGUGGGUCUCAGUGGCUUAGUGAAGUGAAUCGGAAAGCAAACCUGCACAGAUGAGAUGUACUCUGCUCUGAUUCUGCCUUAACUGAGUAGAGUUGAGAAUAGGAUGGAAGGAGCUGUCAGCUGUAGUUUCUUUGCAUACUGAUGUAGAAGAGAGCAAGUGUUGGUCUCUGGCCUGUAGCUUUAUUGCUCUGGGAGAGCAGGGCUGCCUGGAUCUUCGGGAGCAAAUACUGGUGUGUCCCACUUCCAUGCCAUUCCCUGGACAAAGCCCAAUGGGUGUUGUAGAGGAGGGGUGAAAUGCUCAUUUGGACUAGAGCUACCAAUAUUGGAUGAAUUUUUUCCCCUCUUUCCUUUUCCCAUCUCAGAACGGGUUUUAAUUCCAUUUCCUGAUGUUAACUUCACUGUUUUAGGGACCAUCAAAAAUCCAAAGUUAGGUAGGAUGUAAAUGUCAGGGGUGAUGAUUGUUUGAGUAACAGCUUUUUGGCCACGCAGACGUAUUCAUGAAACUUGUUAAGCAACUUUGUAAGUAUAGACAAACCCAAAGGGUGUGUGUCUGUUUUGAUUUUUCCUUAGCAAAAGUAGAAAGAAGAUAAAGAGCAGAAGUAGGGCUGACAUUUAUUUUUCUGCUCAUUUGGGUAGAUGUGAGGAGCUGUGAUUGGAAUCCAGUUCCCAGUGUUGCUAAAACAUCGGCUCCAGUGGCAAGUGCAGCAUGUAGGUAACCUCUGUUGGACCCGAUUCACCACUGCGCUGCUACAGCUGUACGCUGGUAUAGCUUCAUUGACUUCAGUGGCAGGUGCGGAGCGGGGGUAAAGGAAGCAUCAUGGCUUGUCUCUCUUUUUUGUCUGCUUUCCUAUGUCCCAAAAGUCAACUGUUCACCACUUUGCUUUGGUUGCUGCUCCUGCUCCCAGCGCAGCGAUCUGCUCCUCAUUUGGCAUUUCCAGUGACUGCUGGAGGUAUUAAAACUCAGUUUGCUCCACGUGCUGUUACCCCCUGGUAACAGCUGGUGCAAGCGUGCCACAGCACGCCAAUGUGCUAGUGUGUUCGGGAGGGCGUGCGAAGGGAGGUGCAGGGGGCUGUUCCUGCAGGCUCCUCUCUGCACAGGUCUGAGUCUGGUUUUGAGGACUGGCCCUGAACAGGGAGGCCUCUAGCUGCUUUGUUUUGUUCAAGGGAGUACAACAAGUGAAUGUCAUGAUCCUGAGAAUUUCAAAGUGGUGGGUUACAUAGCAGGUAUAAAGCAGACAGUGGGACUCAAGCGACAAGAGUAGGACAAGUUUCCUACCUGGGAGGAAAGAUAUUUCUUGCUGGGAGAAGCAGCUGAGACUCAGUUUACCCCAGUGCUCUGUUGUGGCCCUUCCCUACAAGAGACCAAAGCUUGUCUUCCCUCUUGCACAUUGCUUAACAGUUUGUCAUCUUCCCACUCUCCCUCCAGCAUAGAAAAUUGUUGACUGCAAAGAGAAAACAGCCCACAUCACUAAUAUCAUUAGGCUGCAGCUCAAUCCAAGCUCAUACUUGUCAGCAUGAGAAACUGGGUGGGUCCUGAUUUUAUUUUUUUUGUGAAAGCUGUUCUCCAAAUCAGUGUUCAAAACACAUAUUGAAAACCUGGCCAAACCCUGUUUGACAUAGAUGGGCUGGGGAGAAUACUGUACAGCUGUAGUACCAUUUUCCAGACCCAUUGAAUCUUUUCCUCAUGUUAAACAAAGUACCAAACCCAAGAAACAGGACUUCUGUGAAGCUGUCACAUUGGCCAGUAGGUAAAUGACCUUUGCUGCUAGAAACAAAAUACAAAUCAAUGUGUUCAUAUUUAUUUUACUAUGCUGACCAGUAAUUGAUUUGUUAAUAUUUAAGGCAUUAUUCUGUAGGUUGUUUCUGUUUAAAUAGAAAACUCUACAUUGCACUUUGCUUUGGGAUCAGAAGAGGUAUUUAUUAUAUUUGUGAAAAUGUUUUCUCUCCCACAUAUGUAUUGUUUUCUUUCCCUUGAUGAAAAAAAAAAAAACCCAAACAACAAAACCCACCCCCCAAAACAAAAAAAACCCCAAAUCCAACCAGUGGAUCUUCUUUGUUUCUUUUAAUGCCAAACAAAAUGGGGAUUUCCUUGCAACUCACUCUUAAAUGUCCAUUUCUAAUAUUUUUUAUUUUUUUUUAGAUCCAAUGGUUCAUUUGGUAACUUGGGAUGAUAUUUUUGGAGACAUAUGAAGUUCAUACUACGUUUAAGCAUUUCUUUUAAGGCAAGGAAGUAGACUGUGGAAUCCAUGUAUUUGUGAGGAGUAUGAAAGUGAUAUGAUUUUGUUUGUAUUAAGCAUUAGUUGUUAUUUUGCAUUCUGCACUAAUGAGUAAAUGUGUUAUAAUCUUGCCUAACAUUGGUCUAUUUUUGACUUUUGCUUUCUUCACAUACGUCAAAAGGAACCCUGAAAACUUCUGUGGAGUUGCUUAGGAUGGUCAUCAAUGUAACAAAAUGCAGAUUUUUUUCUGUAAAGCUUCUUGUCUUUUUUCCUUUUCUAGAUGUCCAUUAUAGGGCAUUAGAAGGGAAAGCUAUUGCCAUAAGCACGGGUUCAUAUUUUAGCUUAUUAACGCAUGAUGUCCUUUUGCUACAUUACUUAAGCAAUGCUUUCACUGUAACCCAUGGGAAUCUUGUCCGAGUCAGGAGUAAAUGAAAUACCCUAGCUAAAUAUAUUAUGUUGGCUAGGGCCAGGCAAGGUACAUUGCUAAAAUUUGUCUUUUACUCCUGUGUUUGGGUUACCACGCUCUUAAGGUUUUGCUUUUUGAAAAGUGUGUAUCUGGUUCUGUAAGGAUUUGGUCCUGCUCCAGCUAAAAUAGUUUGAAGUACAUUGACUUUAGUUGAGUAGGAGCAAGCCUCAAAACCCUUCAGGAAUUUCAUACUGCUGAUGUUUUCUCAUAUAUGUGGUUUUUGUUUUGUGGGUUUUUUUAAAUUUUACAACCAUAUAUACAAGGAUGCUCUGGAUGAGAUGGACAUCUGUUGCCGAUUAUGGAAAAACAAAUGCCAUGGUUGCCAAAGGAUUAACAGAAAAUGAAGAAGUAUGGACCUGGUUUCUUUGAAGUUAGUGGCUAAGCUUCUUUGCCAUCUGCAUAAAGUUGGAAGUGGAAAUAAAAUCCACUUUCAAAUAAAUGUGGACAAACAGUAGUUUUGGGAAUCUCUCCUUUAAAAAAUGUAUCACAAUUAAAAUGGUAUCUUUUUAUCUGAAGUAUCUGCAGGUAAAGGCAGGACUGUGGAUUUUUAAAAAUAAAAUAAUUUUUUCAGUCUGUGUUUUGCAGGGGAAAAAUUACUUGAUUUAAGUUCCUUCUGCAUCUGUCCAGCAACAUCAUUUGCAAGUGCUUUGAACAUGUUUCAUCUCAAGCCUUCUUGUCAGGUUGGUUUUGUACAUUUGUCCUGAUUUUCUUUAUAUUGUACUGACCCCUGUGAGGGAAUAGUUGAUGAAAAUGAUUUUUUUUUUCUUUUUCUUUUUUUCUUCUACAGUAUGUAAUAAAUCAUCUUGCUCUUA